CGUUGGUAGUUCCGCCAACCCGGAAGUGAUCUAAAGAAGUCAACAUGGGGACUCGUUUGAAGGUCCUAAACGCGUUUAAAGCUCUGCACAGAACAAGGAAAGAUGUAUUCAGAGACGAUGCCAGAGCACUGGCAGCUGCGAGAUUAAAGAUCAACGAGGAGUUCCAGAAAAACAAAAAUGAAACGUCAGAGGAAAACAUAAUGAAGAUGAUCAAAAUGGGCUCAGACGUGGAAGCUGUUCUGCGAGAGGGCGUGAUGCAAAUGGAACAUGUUGGAGAUAAGAAACUCUUGCUCCGACCCAGAGAGAGCCUUCUGCUAGAAAACGUUCCCUAUUGUGACCAGCCCAGGAGAAAGUCAUGACAGAAAAUCUAAUUAACUGUUUUUUCAUUAAAUAAAGAGACUCACUAUCAUCUUCUUCCAUCCAUCUGCAUUUUAAAGGAUUUAACCCCAAACAACAUUUUAAAGGUCAUUGCUGCAUGGAAAAAAAUGCCUUGUUUUUUUCUGUUCUAUUGUGCUUUAAGACGUCUCUGCUUUAAACUGGAUGCCGUAAUUUCAUGUACAGUUUUGUCAAAUGUAAUUGAAAUGUGUUAUUGUUUCAUUUGAGAGUUUUCUGCCUGCUGCUAAUGAAAUGAUUUAUUGUGUUCUGAUAAAAGAGGAGUUUUCCCA